AUUCUCUGAAUUAAUCCUCUUUUCAGAUUCUUGAAAGAUCCAAGUUUUGUUAGCAAUGAAGGGAAUGAAGGAAAGAUUGGUGAAGAAAAUCAAACUCAUCACCACUGUCAAGACGUUGAAGCAAGGCUUAGCUCUUCAUAAGAGUACCAUUGAUCGUACAAUCCAUCAUCUAAGAGACGAAAUAGUCGCUGAAUCUAGUCAAAUCAAAGGUUGUGUUACACCAACACUACUAGAGCUUGAAGAUGCAGAGGAACAGAAUCUUGAAGAAGAAAGAGGGAUUCUUUUGGAGUUUAAAGAGAAUUGCCCACCCGGAGGAGAAGAUUCGGUUGUAUUCUACACGACGGGCCUGCGAGGUGUGAGGAAAACAUUUGAAGCUUGCAGAAGAGUGAGAUUCUUGUUGGAGAAUCACCAGGUGAUGUACAGAGAGAGAGAUGUUUCGAUGGAUUCAGAGUUUAGAGAAGAGAUGUGGAGGUUGCUUGGUGGGAAAGUUACCUCUCCGAGGCUAUUCAUUAGAGGUAGGUACAUUGGUGGAGCAGAAGAAGUUGUGGCAUUGAACGAGAACGGGAAGCUGAAGAAGCUGCUAGAAGGAAUCUCGAAAGUUGAUUCGCCCUGCGAAUCUUGCGAGAACGAAAGGUUUUUGAUAUGUUCUAGCUGCAAUGGAAGCUCAAAAUUGCUUGUAGACCAUCACGAUGAGGAGAGUAGUAAUGAUAAUAUGUGGACGAGAUGCAGAGAAUGUAAUGAGAAUGGACUUGUGAAAUGUCCUCUUUGUACGUAGUUGCUGUUAUAAGCUAAUAAUAACUAUCUGAUUUU